GGCGACGACCCCUCGAUGUGGUUGAAGCCGCCCUACCACCACUUCCGGGAGGCAUUCGCCGCGCAGGCCGCUGCGGAUCUCGGCCGGCCGCUGGUGCGUGGCCCGGCGGAAGUGGGCGACGCCGCGCCGGGGCCUCCGCCGGGGCAUCCCCAGCAGUGGGUCGGCACGCAGGUCGGGCAGCCUGGGGACCCGCCACCGGUGUCGGGCGGGGGCGUGGAGGUGCCAGCGAUCGACCAGAGGCUGCUUGAGGAAGUGGUCCAGCUAGACCUCUUCGACCACCAGGGCGUGACCUACAAGGUAGCGGACCUGGGCAACGCCUGCUGGGUGGACCGCCACUUCUCAG